AUGUGCUCCAGUCGCAAGAUCUUGUGGAGCCUGCUCCUCCUGUCCUUGGUGGAGGUGGGCCUGGGUGUGGCGAGCAUCGUCCUGGGAGCCGUGGGCAUUAGUUGGGUCCGGGGCGAGCACAAGCCGCAGCCGCGCGAUGCGUCGCCGUUUCUGCUUUGUGGGAUGUGUGGAGUGCUGUGUGCUCGAAAGAGGACAGGACUUAUUAUGAUCCUGUUUUCAGCAUGCUGUAUCUGUGGUCUGAUUGGCGGGAUCCUCAACUUCCAGUUCGUUCGGGCACUGAGCAAACGGCCGGACUCGAUGCAUUCAGUCCACCUGGCUGCUAUGACUCUGGCCUGUCUGGGGAUUUCAUCCUGUACCUUGUCAACGUGGUUGACGUGUCGCCUGGCCAGCUCUGAGCAGCAGAGGAUGUUCCUGGAGAGGGAACACUCAUUGCACCAUUCACACGAGAUGACCGAGAAGGAGAUCCUGGAUAACACCAGUAACAGUGUUCCUCAGAUCUCCUACAACGGACCUGCUGCAGCAUCACCAUAAUGACGCAUCACCAAAGGCAACCUGCACACACUGAAACAGAGACAAUGGCGAUGUCUUGCUCUCUGUCAGCAGACAAAUGCAGCAAGUUCUUCCUUUUAUGUGUCCUUGGGCAUACACAGUAACUAUAUCCUGACCGCAGGGAGUCUCUUGCCUUGGAACCCUCUUGUCUUCCUCCACAGUAAGAAAGACAUUUUGACAGACAGUGGGAGGCGUAUGUGCUUCUGAAUAAUUAUGCAAACAAGGGUUCAAAGACCCUCUGUUCAACUCAAACCAAAGCCAGGAUGGCGAGCUGACAUUUGGGUGACAAUUCAGGUGACAAACGUAUGCUUGACAUCAUCUGACCUUUAAUCUAAUGAGUAGGAAUGAUUUUAUCAGCUCAGAUGCCUCAAAGUGAUUAGUACAAAAGAAGCAUGCAGCUGAUUCCUUUGUUUUGAAGCACUUGUGCUUAUGUCAUUUUUCUCUUUCUGUCUUGUUAAGGAUUUAUAGAAUGCAGGUACAGUAAACCCUAUGUCUGAUAAUGGAAUGUUCUGACAUAUAUAUCCAUGCUUGUA